GAAAGCGGAAGAGAGAGAGAGAGAGAGAGAGAGAGAGAGAGUGUUUGUCAGCUCCAAUAGGAACCAAAACGCUGUCGUUCUCUCGACCAUUCUCUGCAUUCUCUCCUCUCACGAGUUUCUCAGCUUUUCUCGCGUUGUAACUUGUAAUCUAAUCCAAUCACAAGCGGAGAUGAGCUUUUUCGUGUUCGACGGUAAAGUUUUGAACUUUUCUCAUCCCGCAUUUCGGUUUAGCAUUUAUAACUGCAGAAGAUGGUGAUGUGGGUCUUUGGCUAUGGCUCUCUUGUGUGGAACCCUGGCUUUCACUACGAUGAGAAAGUGUUGGGCUUCAUCAAGGGUUACAAACGUGUCUUUGAUCUUGCUUGCAUUGAUCACAGAGGUACACCAGAACACCCUGCAAGGACUUGCACACUUGAGAAAGAUGAAGAAGCCAUUUGCUGGGGUACUGCAUUCUGUGUCCGUGGAGGACCAGAAGAAGAACGUCUGGCUAUGGAGUACUUGGAACGUAGAGAGUGUGAAUAUGAUCUCAAGACAUGUGUAGACUUCUACAAGGAAGAUGAUCCCCUGAAUCCAGCUGUAACCGGAGUGAUGGUAUUCACUUCUACUCCAGACAAGGUCUCCAACAAGUAUUACCUUGGACCUGCGCCAUUAGAAGACAUGGCAAGACAAAUUGCGACAGCCAAUGGACCAUGUGGUAACAACAGAGAUUAUCUCUUCCUGCUAGAGAAGGCAAUGCACGACAUUGGGCAUGAGGAGGAGUAUGUUAUAGAGCUGGCCAAUGAGGUGAGGAAAGUUCUUGCGGAGAAGGUAUCACCGGUGAAGGAAUCAAGAGCGAGCCCUGUGGCAAAGAAGUCCAAGAGCAAUGUCCCCACGGCUCAUCAGAUACUUCCUCAUCAACCUGAAGCUGUUGCCACUACUUUAUAGCUCUUGUAGUUUGUCUUUUAAUUGGCUCUAGAGACUAGUGAUUUGUGAAAGCAGAUCCUUUUGCUUCUAUUUUAACACACUUGGUUUUCUUUUGAGUAGAGAAGUUUAAUCUUUGUGCGUUUGGAACUCUGUUGUCUUAUUUGGUUAUCCUAACGAGUACCGGUUAUGUUA